CUGAUGAUAAAUGAGAUGACUCCCCAUUUAAGUAAACAAAAUGGUAGCGAUCGGACAGGUAGGAUCUAAACCAUCCUAGAGCUCACAUGGUUUGGUGGUUGUUAUGUUGUUAUGGGUCGAGUGAUACCUUGUGAAAUAUGUUGAAUUUCUCUCAUGUUCCUUCGACGCGAGGCUUGUUUCAUCAGAUUGGCAAUCUUGAUAAUGAGACUUACAAAGUCAGAAAAUGAUAAAUUCUCACCUUUACAAAUCAUCUCUGCCUGUAGAUCAAUGUUGAGACAUGAACAUGAUGACAUAUUCAGUGGCUUUACGGUUACCUUGUGACAUUUGAAGAAUCUGGGUGGAUGUAUCCUCGCCCCCUGCGGGAUAUUUAAACACUUCUUGCAGUUGUUGAAUGAAAUAAUCAAAAGAUCUUCUAAAUCACAACUUUUCUGAUCAUCAGGUUCACAUAAAAAUCAACUUUUUACUGCUAAUAUUGUUCUCUCUCUCUCUCUCUCCCUCUCUCUCUCUCUCUCUCUCUGAAGGUGGGCGUUUGUGAUUUCAUGAAUUACGUGCUGUAUGAACAGAAAGAGAGAGACAAAGCGAGCACAUUCAUUCUGAUGUCUCUGUGUGAUUCCUUCGGUGUGAUCGUCUCACUGGUCAGGAUGUGUUCUGACUCCUGAAAUACUCCACAGAAACAUGACUGAAUAUUCAAACCGCAGUCAGUCCGGCGGAGAAUAUGAAUGGCAUUAUGAAUAUUAUGAUGACGAGGAGCCUGUGUCCUUCGAGGGCCUGAGAGCAAACAGAUACUCCAUAGUGAUUGGCUUCUGGGUCGGACUGGCCGUGUUCGUCAUCUUUAUGUUCUUUGUUUUGACGCUGCUGACAAAAACAGGAGCUCCGCAUCCAGAGAUCCCUGAUCCCGGUGAAAAGCAUCAUGGUCUAGCUGACUGUGUGCUGGAGCUCGGCAGCUCUCAGCUGUUUUCUCUCCCGCCGCUGACGGACGAAUCACGUUCCCUCUUUCACUUCUACAUCCACGAGGAGGCCGUCAGAGACACCGUGAUUGGCCGAGGGAGGCAUUGUGGGCGGGCCUCCAGGCUCCACCUCCAGGGGGCGGCAGAGGACGAGAGAGGAGAUGAAGACGAGCACUUCCUGUCCGACUUCCACAUUCCGAACUUCGUGAACUCUGAACAGAACUACAGCGAUGGCAAUGAUGACUUGGUGCCGUGUGAGCUGUCAAUCACCGCAGACAGCCAAUCAGCUGUGCUGAAGAGCUCAGAGUCCUAUGACGUCAUCAGACGCUAGCACACAGGCUCGUGUUACACAUGGACAGCGACCAUAGACUGUAUUAAAAUAUGGACGUAGUGUCCGGGACAUCACCCAUAGGUUUCCAAAGAGUGUUUUUGAAGCCAAAAGUAGGCGGAGCCAGCUGUCACCAUCUUGUUUGUCAGCGCAUCACCGCAGGUCACUCCCGGAUAAUUGAAAAUGGGCAAAAAGGCGGGAUCUGGUUGAUGAAACCACGCCCACCUAGCACGACAGCAUUGUCAGCAGCUG